AGCAAAUCCAGCCGCCAUGGCCGGAAACCCUGGAGACACGUCACAGCCCGGCUCGGUUUUCUCUGGCUCUACGUCACAUGGAGAGCUUCCAGCGGCGUCAUCACUUCCUCGGGCCUUAUUUGGGUGUUUUCCUGUCGGACUGGCCUCAGAGCGAGUCCCGGCCUGCAGUUCAGAAACCAGGAAGACAUGAAGCACGAUGAGCUGCUGCGAUCUGCUCUAAUCUGCCUUUCAUUCACAGUUUCGUGAGCUAAAGUGGGAGAAAGAAGAGGAGGAAUCAUGCCAAAGAAAACCAAGAAAGGUGGCGGUAAGACGGAGGAGGAGAGGCUGGUGCAGCAGCAGCAGAGAGCUCAGGCUGAGGAGGAGAUGGCCAAGAAGAAGGAGGAGACGCUCACACUGUUUCUGAAGGACAAGCUGCAGAAGGAGGAGAGGAACACGGCGGUCAACCAGCUGAAGCUGAACGAAAACUGGAGGACGACCCUCCGUCAGACUCGAGCCGCCGAGCUCCGUGAAGACGCCGUGGUGCUGCAGCAGACGCUGGAGAGGAAGCUGGACGAGCUGAACGUCAUCAUCCAGAGAAGGGAGAGUCACCUGCAGGAGGUGGAGCGUCAGGCGGCGCAUGCUCAGCGCUCUCACCUGCAGCAGGUGGAGCAGCUGUUGGCGCAGCAGGACCGACGGCUGCAGAGCCUGCAGGAGCAGUGGGAGGACUGCAUGCAGGACCUGAAGGCCACGCUCAGCGCCGAGAGGAAGCAGAUGCUGAGCCAGUGUGAGCAGCAGCAGCUCAAACUGCAGGACCUGGUGCUGUCUGCAGAUCAGCAGCACAGCGACUGGAUGGAGGAGAUCCACACGCUCUACAAAAAAAGCCUGUCGCGCCACAUGUGCAGCUACCACGACAAGACGUCGGCUCCAGGCGAACACCAGAAGCUGAAGGACACCGAGGCUGUGGAGCAGAAGGCCUGCGACUUCACCAGCCUGGACCAGAAGAUCCCCAAGAUCCAGAACAGCAGCAAGAGUGAUGAGGAGACACAGAAGAAGCUGGAGGAGGACGUCCUUCCUGUGAGGGAGCAGGUGAUGCUCGGUAAAGUGGAAGGCAGCUUGAUGGACAGUGACCUGGUGGCCGCCAAGAACGAGGUGAACCACAAAUGUUACGUACUCCGGAACACGCUGACCCGAGCUCGCACGGCGGCCAGGAAGCAGCUCACCGAGUUCAGCGUCUACGACGAAAACGCCGCCGGCAAGCUGCAGGCCGUCUUCUCCAAGGCUGAGAAGCUUCUGCUGGUCGCUGAGAUGUGCUGCAAGCAGGAAAGUGUCUCGUUGUCUUCGUGGUCGUCUUCAUCACGUCCGACGGAGGAGCAGAGAAACACAGCAGCAGAGGAGGUUGGUGGGUUCCUGGAGCUGCAGCAGCUGAUGCAGCGACUCAACGCUGGCGUGCUGCAGCAAGAAGUCCUGAGGAAACACGGAGACGAUCUGAGCCGAGAGAACGAGCAGCUGGAGAUGCUGCUGUUUCAGCUGGACGACGCCAUCGACGGACGCCACGCUCUGCUGGCCGUGUCCCAGGCCCCGACCACGACCGACCCGUCGACCACCGGGAGACGCCACACCGUCAUCGAGGCCGUCCACGCCGUCAGACACUGCCUGUAACACCACAGCAUUAUUCAGGAGUCCUUCAGUUUGUGUCCGACUGAACUUAUUUAAACUCUGAAUGUAGACUGAUGGCAACAAGUAAAACUGUGAAUGUUGUGACUGAAGUUCCUGCAGUUUGUGAAAUGAGAGCCUCCAAGCAUGCAUAUACAGAGAUAUUUAAUGUUUUUGUUGUUAACGUUGGAUUGGAAAUGAAAUCCUGAGUGAAAUUAAAGGUUGGAGUCUU